AUCGCACCCCUCCUUUUCUCCCUCUCCUCCUCCUCCUCUUCAUCCUCCAUGCUGUGUGUAGAGACAGGAUUUCAGUGUGUUUGCGGAUGUGCAGUUGACUGGAAGCUCCUGCAGACAUUUUCUCCAUCUCCGGGCUUCAGAUAAUCUGCCAGACCUAAACAACAACAUAUUUGUUGUCUUGUAUUACAAUAAACGCCAACGCUCCUUCGUGUCCUCGACGCUUUAACUCCGGCGACCUUCCACCUGCUGCCGAGUAAGGCGCAUUUUUCCGCGUCUUCAUCUGACGUUUGACGCCGCAGAUCGGAGGACGAAGUGUGUGUGUUUGAGUAUAUGUGCGUGUGGAUCUGGUCGGACAACCUGUUCGCUUCAGCUGACCGUCGGAGGGGUUUUUGAAGCUGAUGAUGCUGAUACUGCUGCUGCAUACCUACUGACCUACUUUGCGUAAGUUGGGUGCAGCUUGAGAAAUUGUGCCAAAACAAAAACAUGAAGGAAACGGCGGUGACCCUGCUGGGAGACCUCCAGUAAAAACGCAGGAGAGGUGAAGCCAGGGGAGGGAAGAGAAAGAGGAGGAUUGAGGAGUGUUGAAGAGCCAGAGGUGUGCGCGUGGGGAUGGAGGAGGUAAUGAGCGCAUCUCUUCACCUGGACCUUGGGCUGAUGCUGCUGCUGCUGACCUGCUGGCAAACACCGGGGAUGGUCGGAGGAACUGUGCCAGCUGCCCCUGUGAAUGUAUCGGUGACCCAGCUGAGGGCGCACUCGGCCAUGGUGACCUGGAACGUCCCCCAGGGCGACACUGUCAUUGGCUACUCCAUCUCGCAGCAGAGGCAGGACGGCCUGAUGCAGCGCUCCAUCCGAGAGGUGAAUACGUCCAGCCACUGGUGUGUGCUGUGGGACCUGGACGAGGACACGCACUACAGCGUCCAGGUCCAGUCCGUCGGGCUGCACGGUGACAGCCAGCCGAGCCGAGCCAUCCACUUCAGGACCCUGGAGAGGACCGACCAUUAUCCGGCAGGAGUCCUGGACCACAAUGAACCAGCGAUGGAGGGUCUGGGUAUGACUCCUCACCUGCAGACCGGAGAGCUGUUAAUCAUCACCACAGUGCUGCUGCUAUGGGCAGCCGUCAUCGCCCUCUUCUGUCGGCAGUACGACAUCAUCAAAGACAACGACUCCAACGGCACUAAGGAGAAGGCCAAGCGGCCGCUGGUCCGAUCCACCUCCUCCUACUACAACGCCUCGGCUGGCAGCUCGCCCAUCUACCACAACGGAGCCGUCCGCAGCAGCAGGCUGCACCGGGCCUCCUCCUCCAUCAGCAUCAUCAGAGUCUGAGCUCAGAGUUGUUUUGAAGACUUUCUGCUCAGGAGCAGCUUCAGCUGGAUUAUCAUGACAAGCGGGGAAUUUAUAGACCUGCUGCUUUUUGUCAAGACUCUAAUUUAUUGUAAAAUAUGAGCAAAGUGAGAAGCACUCCAUGUGAAUCAGAUUCAAAUGAGGGCAAGGAGUUGAGGUGUGGAGUCAGGAAAACGACUGCUGCCCUCUGGUGUUUUAAUGUGAUGGAAAAAGCUGGAACUACAAUAAUUUCCUGCUUUCUUCCCCGAUAUCAGAGACUAAAUAUGAAUAUUUUCCAGCAUGUGUGCCAAUCUGCCUCAAAUUCAUUCACUUUCAGGAGACACACUGUAUGAUACGGACUUUUUUGGCUUCAUCAGCUAAAAUCACAUUUCAAUUAGUUUUUUGUAGGAAAAAAAUUGUGGUUUAUUCACAUGACUCCAGCUCAGCUUUCAUGAUCACGAAGAUGUUCAGCAUCAGCAUCCUGAUUCAAUAUGUACAUAAACUGAAAGUGUUACUGGUGGACAAAUAUUUGAAUGUAUGAGGUGAAUCUACACUGUAAAAAUUUCAUAACUGGUUUAAUUAAAUCAUUUCAAAAUUU